UCAAUGACAUUCGACAGUUCUGAGCCUGCCGCUUAACCUCAAAAAACGCACUAAAAAUUUCGCGUGAUGUGUGUGAAAAAAAGCGUUUAAUGUUAACAGUGAGUCAACAAAACCCACCAAAUGGCCACAACUUCAACUCUCCACAUAAUCGACGGCGAUUACGGCCUCGUCUCCUUCGACGUGGGAUGCAUCGAAUCAAUUUUUUACGCCCGACUAAAGCAAAUUCCGCUGGAGAUAAAGUUCCAAAACAACCUAAAAUCAUGUGCUUUGUACAACGCCCCGAGCUGGCAAAGCGGAGACAGCACCGUCGAGAAAUUCCCCAACAUCAUGAUGCAGUGGAAGAAAACCCACGGUAACCUCGACGAGGGUCUCAACCCCAAGGAAGCCAGCGAGACUCUGGCCCUAAUUAACUUAGUUACGAUGAAACUAUUCCCCGUGAUCGAGUUCCUGUAUUGGGUGGAUCAGCGAAACAGCGAAGAAUUCACCAACCGAUGGUUCAUGAAAGCGCUGCCGUUCCCGUUUAAUUAUUCAUACACGAAACGCAAACGGGCUGAAGCGCUGCAGCUAGUGGAGACGUUGUACCCUGUGGACACCGACCUGGACGUCGUCAAGGACUUUAUUACGAAAACCGCCACGCAGUGUCUGUCGACGAUAUCCACACGUUUAGGCAAAUCCAAGUUCUUUUAUGGGGAUAAUCCCCAGAUUCUGGAUGUGGUGGUGUACGCUCACAUCGCCCCCCUUGUUAAGUUACCCUUUCCCGCUAACGAUAUCCCGUCUUUGUUGUCGAUGUGGCCCAACCUCACGGAGUUCGUGAAACGGAUAGAUGCGAAAUAUUUUUCGGACGUGAAGAGGGAGGUCAAGUAUUUAGCGGUGGAGACGACGUUGAGGCAGAACGACGACGAGGUGUCGUAUGCGGCGAUUUUUAUUUUAGUGGUUAGCGCGACGUCCUUAGUUGUGGGGUUCGCGGUGAAGAGGGGGUUCUUGAAAUUACCUAGUAUGUUUUAGGUGGUCCAAUUUUGUUGGUUUUGUUAUGUUUAAGACUGAGUAAACGAUGUGAAGCUCAAUGCUGUGUUUGUUUAUUUGAGUAUUUGAGACUUUUUGUAUCAUGUUUUUAUUAAACUUGUCCUAAAAUU